AUGAGUAAUAGUACAACGAUGACUAGUGAUCAGACUUUUAUGCCCAUUGAACAAGUGCUUGAGCACUUCAAAAAGAAUCAAUUUGUUAUUGUAAUGGACGAUGAGGAUCGUGAAAAUGAAGGUGACUUAAUAUGUGCAGCUGCAGGUAUUACCACUGAACAGAUGGCAUUCUUGGUUCGUCACUCGAGUGGGUAUGUAUGUGCCCCUAUGAGCAAUGAAGUGGCAGAUAGGUUAGAUCUACCACUAUUGAGAACUGGUAUGAAAUACACUUCCAAUGCAGAUGACAGACACGGGACCGCUUAUACUAUUACUGUCGAUGCAGCUGAAGGAACAACUACUGGGAUAUCCGCUCAUGACAGGGCUUUAACGUGUACCCAGCUGGCCGCAGCCCACUCGCAGUCCACAGAUUUUUUGAAACCAGGUCACAUAUGUCCACUAAGGGCAGCAGAUGGUGGUGUCCUUCAAAGACCGGGCCAUACAGAAGCAGCAGUGGAUUUGAGUAGACUUUGUGGAUUACCGCCUGUUGGUGUCAUUUGUGAAUUGGUCAAUGACCAUGAUGGAUCCAUGAUGAGAUUAGACGAUUGUAAAGAAUUUGGUAAACAAUGGGGAAUUCCAUUAAUUACCAUUAAGCAACUUGCCGAAUACGCCAAGCGCCACGGUCAACAAUAA